AUGGAGCCGAGCGCGAUCGGCGAGCGAGGCAACCGGAGAAGACGCUUUUUACCGAUCUCUUCGGCGCGCCUUAGUUCCUCGCCUCCUCUUCGGGUCGCAACGAGUGCGCUUGUUUCGUCUGCUUCGUCGCCUUCGCAGCACCUGUCUACAUCUUUUUGCGUCGGCGCGUCGCGCUCAAGUCCCUCUCUUGUGUCGCCGCCCAAUCGACGCUGGAGCGAGAAGAGGCGAAGGCAGAGCGCGUGGCGGCCGCACGCCGCAAGUGUCUCGCGGCGGUCUGCGGCGUCCUUUCCUUCUUCGUUUGCGUUGUGGCUUUCUUGUAUUGACAAGAGUGCGCGCUGCGGGGGCGAAGACAGCGAGAGGAGAGACAACGGCGGCAGGACGCUUAGUUACAUCCAACUGUUUCAUUUCUCUCCUCUACAAGGGGACCCCUCUGAUUUACCUCCUUCCGCAGCCUCUGGAUGCUCUCCAGGCUCCUCCGCCGAGCCUUCCCCCGCGUGGUGUCAUUUGUUUUCUCGCCUUUCCCCUUCUCGCGCUUUCGAGCCCUCGCCACCGAUUGCGGCGGCCUGUGCUUCUUUUCCCCAGCCCGUGAGUCCUUUCGCUUCUUCGCCGGCCGAUUCUGCUUCCUCGCCGGCGCUUCCCGCUGCCUGCCGCGCAGCGGCCUUGUCCCCAGUGUCGUUCUCGCGCUCGCGUGAAGGCGGCGAGAGAGGCGAGAUGGAGGGCGAACUGCGGGCUUCCCGCCCCCUAGACGAGGCCGCUGCCGAGGACGCCACACCACAUGAGACGGCGGUUCAUGGCAAGGCGAGCCAUCAGAACGAAGAAGGCCUGAAGCCCGGCGCACACGCCGAAGGCGAACGCACCCACGGGACGCGAGCCCGCCUACUCGCCACGCGAGUUGCCCACUGCGCGCACGCUUCGCUCCACGACUCGGUUUCCAGUGACGCCUCACCCGCGCGCGACACCGCCGCGCAGGGCCUAGUGAGAAGCAAACGGCUGCGCAUGCGCGAGGCGCGGCGGCAAGCUGCCGCGCCGCAGGGGGCAGACACAGCCCAGCAGGCUCAGAGCGGCUCGCGGGCGACCGCCGCUUGCGGCGUCUCUGCCGGUGCGCCGCAGCGCUCCGCGGCGCUCGCCUCCGCCAGCGGAAAAAAGAAAGGCAGCCGGCCGACGGGCGUCGUCGGCGGGAAGGAGAAAAAGCGCGAGAAGAAGCGCGAGCGCGCGAGAGACGGCGACGAGGGAGGGGACAAGGAGGAGACCGAACUCUCCAACCUGCGCGCAGAGGCCCGCCGCCUGGGGCUGCCUCUCAGAAAAGAGUUCGCCGAGCACACCUUCGACCCGAGAUACUCAGCCAACGUCCGGCUCUCAGCCGACAGACUCACAGUCACAGGCAACAAGAACUGGGGGACUGCGCUGGCUCGCUGCUGCUGCCGGCAAGGCUCUUGGUAUUUCGAGGUCACCAUUGGCUCUGCGGCCUCUGCCCGUCCGUUGCUCUCUUCGUCUUCCUCGUCCUCCUCUUUGACCUGGCGCCCGCCGCCUCGGAUGCACUCUGCAUCCUCGCUGCCCACAUUCGAGUCUUUGCAAGCUUCCACCUUUUCUUCGCUCCCGUCUUCCGCCUUCUCUUCGCUGUCGUAUUCGUCGUGCUCAGAUUCACCGUCAGCCGCUGCGCCUCCGUUUGCCGUGCGACCGCAGGCAGCCGCGGGCGACGCCUCUGGGCGCCGCGCCGCUUCGCCGGCCUGCACUGUCUCCGCGCGGUCGCUUGUCUGCGCCUGCUGUCGGGCUCCCUUCUCGCCCGCGGAAGGCCCGCGCGCCGCGCCGCAGGCAUGUGGGCGCGAGGUGAAGAGCGAAGGCGAUCAGGCCAACGGCGCCACGGACGGCGGCGAGCGGAGCCAGGAGCAGACGCUGGAUGCAGACGCGGAGGCGCGGCUGGGAGAGGCGCGCGACGCAGAGGCUUCCAGGGCACCGGAAGGGAAAUCUGAGCGGGACGAAGGCGAAGAAGAAGAGGAGAGAAUGGCGGAGGUCGGAGAGGAUGCGAAGAAGGACUCAAGGAAACGGGUCCGGAGGAAAGGUGACGCGCGGGAGUUUGGAAAAUCGCGUGCUGAGAAAGAAGACAAACGCCAGAAAGUCGCAGCCGGGGAACCGCUGACCUCCCCUGUCGUCGGCUGGGGCAUCUGCAGAACUCUCAAGAACGUCCUCGAGGAACACCCCGAGAGCUUUCUCUCGAACGGGAUCGACGGCGUAGCGCCCUGCGUCCGCGUCGGCUGGGGCUCGCGGCUGUCGAAUUUUCUGGCGCCGGUUGGGACGAACUGCUUCGGCUACGCUCUGUCUUCGUACUCUCCGCAUGCGUUUCGCGAGCCGUCCCCUGCGGCGCAGACUUCCGGAGCCGCAAGCAGAGCGUCCCUCUCUGCUUUGCCGUGCGCUUCUCUGCGAGCGGGGAAGACGACCGCUCUCUCUCACGCUUCGGCGCCCUCGACCUCGCACGCGACUCCACCGCUCUGUCCUGCCCGCGGGGGCAAUUCACACUCAUUGUUCGUCGUGAACUCGGGCAAGCGAAAACGUCUCCGCCGCGGGUUCCUUCUGCCGCAGGCCGGCUCGGCGCAUGUGCGUUUGCUAUCGAGCGGGGCGAAAACAAGGCCGCCCGAAGACGCGGCGAGAACGCAAGUCCCGAAGGCGCCUGUCGCGCCUGGGGCCGCUCGCCAGAUGUCGCCCAGCCAAGGAGACACCGACGGUCGGACGGGGGACAACGGCCUGCACGCGGAGGCGGCUGGAGCCCCAGCCGGAGACAGUGUCUGCGGCGCCAGCGGGAGGCAGGUCAGGGCGACAGAGGCCUGUGAGAACGGGGACGGGCCUCUGCCGCCCUCCAGGUGGUUAGACGAGGACGAGGCUCUGCCGCCCUGGGAGGAAGUCGACGAAGGCCUCAAGGAGGGCGACGUCGUCGGCUGCUACAUCCACCUGCCUGGCGACGAGCCGCCGGCGAGCCUCGACGACCCCCGCGGCCUCGCCCAGUUGUGGACGUUUCUCCAGCAAGGGCUGCUGUGUGACGUGACGAACGAUUCGACGCUUCCGCGGGCUGUGCGCUACCCCAAGUCUUUCGUCUCGUUUUCGCUCAACGGUGCCCUCUUCCCGCGUUGCUUCCACGACAUCAACACGGCAGAGUUUCACCCGGCAGUGUCGGUCUUCAACGGCGCGUCGGCGACCAUUAAUCUGGGGCCGGACUUCCAGUUCCUCAGCGGGCGCGAAAGAGCGAUUUUCCGGCCGGCCUGCGAGCUGGGCAUUUCGAUGUAUCCGCUGAAGCUGGACUUGGUCAAGUUCUGGCUGCUCUCGGCUCAGUCAGAGAUCGUCGUCGACCCAGAGACUCAGUGCGCCUACCGGCGGCAGCGGACGCUCGCGGAGGUCGACGGCGACUGGGACCGGGCGCGCACGUUCGCGCGCAUGGCGGCGACGGGCGGCAGACUCGAGUUCACCACGACUGAGGAGCGCCGCAAGGAGGAACGUCGCAAACACGCGCGCAGCGCUGUGGGCGCAGCCGGCGAGUCGACGACCGACGCACCGCUGGAGGACACGCCGCGAGAGCCGGACGGCGAGGCGCCUGCCAAAGAGGCGAAGGAGCAGCAGGACGAAGACGCGGCCGCAUGGCUGUCAGGCGUCCCAUGGAAAGACGCAGCGCCGCUCGGAUCCUCCCUCUCUUCUCUCGGCGACAACGCGGCGGCGGCGGUCUCCUUCGCGCUCUCCGCUGCAGGCGCGGCCGCCGUCCACGCGGCCGCGGGCGCGUCGCCCGCCUCGUCCCUUGCAACCAAGUUCGCGCUCCUGGGGCGGUCUUGUUCCUGA